AUGUUCAGACGCUCACACCCCGCGCUCGAGGAGCUCAACGUGGCCAUCGCGCCCGAGCAGUUGCAGAUCUUGAAAAACCAGCUCGAGUCCGAGUCGCCGCCCUCGCCGCAGUCCCUGUUCAACUACGCGUGGGGCCUCCUCAAAACACCGUCGCUUCGGUCGCAGAAACAGGCGCUCGGGCUCUUGGCGGCCUUGUACCGCGACACGCCGGCGCUCCGGCGCGAGGCGCUCUAUUACUUGGCCUUGGGCAGCGUGAAGACGGGCGAGUUUGCCGACGCACGGCGGUACGCGGACGCGCUCGUGGAAAAAGAGCCCGACAACGCGCAGUUCAAGGCGUUGAGGCAGGCCAUCGACGACCAGGUCACGCAGGACGGGCUCAUUGGGCUCGGCAUUGCGGGCGGCGUGUUGGCCGUGGGCUUGGGCGUGCUUGGCGCCAUGAUCCGGAAGAAGCGGUAG